ACCGGUCGUUGGCGAUGGUGCGGUUCCUGCAUAUCCAGAACCGGCAACGAGCCCCGCUCACUAUUUGCGGAGACUGUCCUGCUGUGCAGGCUGAAGCAUCUCCAUAUUCUCUAGUUGAUAUCUGCUUGGAUGCCUUAGUUGCUGAUUUAGAAAAAUUUUGUGUAGAGAGGCCAGACGGGUCAUUAUGCUUGAAAGAGUCAGAAAGCCUUCCUCAAGAAGUGGCUGAUCGAUUACUGCAGACGAUGGCAUAUCGGGAACUGUUGAAUGAUGGGACGGUGGGCAUUUUCCGAGGCAACCAAAUGCGUUUGAAGCAAGCUUGCAUCCGCAAAGCAAAGAUCUCAGCCCAGGCCUUCCAGCAGGCAUUCUGCCAUCACAAACUAAUAGAACUUGAUGCUGCAGGGAUGAAUGAAGCUGUUACUGUUUCAGACGUUGUGAGCGGGCUGGGCAGCAGUGUAUGGAUCCAGAGCAACCUUCAGUGCCUUGUCUUGGACUCAUUAACUCUUUCCCCUACAAAUCCUUAUGAAAGGUGCUUUAGCCAGCUCUCUGGUCUUCGUUCUUUGAGCAUUACCAAUGUGGCCUUCCGUGAUGAAGAUUUAGCAGAGGUUGCUUCCCUGCCAAGAUUAGAAAGCUUGGAUAUAUCCAGCACUUCUGUCACAGACAUUACUUCGCUCGUUGCCUGCAAGAAUCGGCUUAAAUCUCUCACUAUGCAUGGUUUGAAAUGUUUAAGUAUGCCUACACCAAAGUUCUUGGAUGUCAUGAGAGAGCUAAAGUAUCUGAAUCAUCUUGAUAUCUCAGAUGAACAGCAUUCCAGAUCGGAUAUACCCGUUCGUCUGUUAGGGGAGAAAGACAUCCUGCCGGACCUUGUAUCUUUGGACAUUUCUGGGAGUAAAUACAUUACUGAUGAAGCUGUAGAGGCAUUUGUCAGACAGCGAACUACGAUGCGGUUUGUGGGGUUGCUGGGUACUGAAGCAGGAUAUACAGAGUUCCUCUCAGGAGAAGGAACCUUGAAGGUAUCAGGAGGAGAAAAUGAAAACCAGAUUUCAGAAGCUUUGAAGCGCUACAGUGACAGGGCUUGCUUUGUGAAAGAAGCCUUUUUUCACCUUUUUACUCAGACAUGCUUUAUGAGAAUUACAAAGCCUGAAAUCCUAAAGCUUGUGAUUAUUGGAAUGAGUAAACACCCUCUGGACUUGGCAGUACAGUUGACUGCUAGUGCGUGUGCUCUGAACUUAACUAGACAGGGCCUAGCAGCAGGCAUGCCUGUCCGCCUGCUCUCCAGCGUCAUCCAGCUGCUUCUGAAGGCCAUGGAAACCUUUCCUGAACAGCAGCAGCUGCAGAAGAAUUGCCUUCUUUCUUUAUCUAGUGUCAGGAUCCUGCAAGAUGUUCCAUUUAACAGGUUUGCAGCUGCCAAAUUUGUUGUUCAGUGGCUGUGUAACCAGGAAAAUCAACAUAUACAAAGAAUUGCUGUUAAUAUUAUCUCUAUCCUAGCACUAAAGCUUUCAGAUGAACAGGCAGCACAACUUACUGCAGAGUUCUACAUAGUUGUUGGGAAACUUCUUGAAAUAGUUGAACAGAAAACCAAUCAAAAUGAACUGGACACAACUUUCUAUUUUACUCUGAGUGCCCUUUGGAAUCUCACAGAUGAAGCUCCUACCACAUGCAGGCACUUCAUUGACAACAAAGGAUUGGAGCUUUUCAUGAGAGUUUUACAGGCAUUUCCAGCUGACUCCUCUACUCAGCAUAAAGUACUUGGUCUUCUGAACAAUGUAGCAGAAGUGAGAGAACUACAUCCCAAGUUGAUGCAGAAGGACUUUGUGGAUCACGUCAGUGAAUUGUUGAACAGUGCCGAGAUGGAAGUCUGUUACUUCUCAGCUGGGAUUAUUGCUAAUUUGCUAUCCAGAGGCGAGCAAGCUUGGACGUUAAGUCAAACACAGAGAAGACUUCUUAUUGAGAAACUGCACUCAGCCCUCUUGAAGUGGCCAACACCAGAAUGCAAGAUGGUAGCGCUGCCAGCUUAUAGGUCCCUCAAGCCAUUCUACCCAUUACUUGAUUGUUUUACAUUACCUGGUGUACAGAUCUGGGCAACAUGGGCCAUCCUGCACAUUUGCUGCAAAACCCCUGCCAGAUACUGUGCCAUGUUAAUAGAAGAGGAUGGGCUACAGCAUUUAUAUAAUAUCAAAGAAAAUGACCAGAGUGAUCCAGAUGUCCAGUAUUUAACAACUGAGAUACUAACUUACAUGGAUAAUCACAUGAUGUAUUAUGGGAAGCCUAAGCACCUGAAAGAGCUACAAGCCAAAUCAAAUGGAUAACUAAAGGCAGCCGGAACUUUAUCCUGUAACUCACAAGCUGUACUAGUGAUUCUUUUACCUUCCAUGGGCAUCAA